UAACGAAAAUAUUUUAAAUGUACAGUUAUUGUAUUUUACAUAAAUGGAUUAUGUUUUGAACGUUGUAACAUAUACACAGUAUUUAUGAUGAGUAUGCUAGUUCAGUAUGUGGUGGUACGAGGAGAUCUUAUGAGGACAAUGGGAUGGCCCAUUGGCGCAAUUACAGCUCAAGCAUGUCAUGCGUGCGUUGCUGUUACUCAUCUUUUUUAUAAUGACAAUUACACACAAGCCUACCUUGCCAAUUUAGAUGCUAUGCACAAAAUUGUCUUGGAAGUUCCAGAUGAGACCAGUUUAAACAAUUUAUGUUUAACAUUGACAAAUGAGAACAUCGAUUAUAAGCUCUGGAUGGAACAGCCUGAAAAUAUUCCAACAAGUUUGGCAACAAAACCUUACCCAAUGGAUAAAGUAAAAUCAUAUUUUAAGAAAUAUAGGUUACUUAAACUGUAA